GGACGCGAUCGAGGACAACCAUUGAAUCAAACUAUACCUGAAUCAAAGUCUGAAACAACCAUACAUUGCUAUUUCCUCCAUCCCAAGAAAUCUCACUCAGCUGAGAUCAGGAUGCUCGGAGGAGUUGCGGACGACAAUGGCAAGGACGGCGGCAGCAACCCGGCUCCCACCCGGCCGCCGCCGGGCAGAGCAGCGCUGCCCACGCAGCUCCUCCGCCCGCUCCUCCUCGUGGCUUUGCUCGCCACAUGCUUCCUCGCCGUCGUGGUCCUCCUCGGCGGCUCCGCCUACUCCGUGCUCCCGCGUCUCUCCGUCCCGGCGGACUCCGCCCUGCACGCGCCGCCGUCGUCUUCACUGCCGCAGCGGGUCCGGCUCCGGCAGGCGCCGCUGGAGCGGUGGACGCGGGCGCCGUCGACCGCGUGGCACGACAUGACGGACGAGGAGCUUCUCUGGGCGGCGUCAUGGCGGCCGACGAAGACCGGUCGGUACCCGUACCGUCGGGUGCCCAAGGUGGCCUUCCUGUUCCUCACGCGCGGCCCGCUGCCGCUCGCGCCGCUCUGGGAGAGGUUCUUCGCCGGCGCCGGCAGGGAGCUCUACUCCGUCUACGUGCACGCGAUGCCCGGGUACCACCGCCCCGACGACUUCCCGCCGUCGUCGCCCUUCCACCGCCGCCAGGUGCCCAGCCAGGUGGUCGAGUGGGGCGAGGUGAGCAUGGUCGACGCGGAGCGGCGGCUGCUGGCGAACGCGCUGCUGGACCCUGCCAACGAGCGCUUCGUGCUCGUCUCCGAGUCCUGCAUCCCGCUCUUCGGCUUCCCCGUCGUGUACGACUACCUCACCCGCUCCCGCCAGAGCUUCGUCAGCUCCUACGACGACACCGGCCCGGGUGGCCGUGGACGCUACCCCGGCGGCCUGGCCCCCGAGGUGUCGCUGGAGCAGUGGCGCAAGGGCUCGCAGUGGUUCGAGAUGGACCGCGCCCUCGCCGUGGUGGUCGUCGCCGACGAGCGAUACUACCCCAAGUUCCGGGAGCACUGCAUCCCGACGUGCUACACGGACGAGCACUACGUGCAGACGGUGCUCUCCAUCGAGGCGCAGGGGAGGGUCGCCAACCGCAGCGUGACGUGGACGGAUUGGUCCUGGGGCGGCGCGCACCCGGCCACGUUCUGGGAAGCUCAUGUCGACGAGGCGUUCCUGAAGCGGCUGACGACGAAGGCGGGUCAGGGGAACUGCACCUACAACGGCCGGACAUCGGAGCUGUGCUUCCUGUUCGCGAGGAAGUUCGCUCCCAACGCGCUGCAGCCGCUGCUCACCCUCGCGCCCAAGAUGCUUGGAUAUGGCUAAGUGUUGCCUUGUUGGUGACCAUCGUCUCAGCUCGUCGAUCUCCAAUGACCUUAAUUGCUAAUGUUGGUAUACUUUGCUUAAUAAUCAUGGAUUUAUAGGUAUAGCUCCAUCACUUUUUGGGAUUGAAAGAGUAACAUUUUACAUCAUUCAAGCGGUAAUCUUUGCAUC